AUGCCUGGUACGGGAAAGAGUACUAUUGCACGAACAGCCUUUGAGCAUUGGACGGAGCACAGAGGGAUUGGGAGACUGUGUGCAUCAUUUACAUUCGAACGAGGUGUGGUGGACGAUGCACAACACUUAUUCACGACUCUGGCUUUGCGGCUAGCAUGUGACCAGCGCCUCCGCCAUCACAUAAGCGAGGCGUCUGGGAAAGACCGAAACGUCUCCAAGACUGCUCUAAGAAACCAGUUCAUGAUGCUGUUGCACAGUCCCAUUAUGAAGGCGCGUCAAAACGGCUUCGAAGAGCCGAUCUAUCUGUUUCUCGACGCACUAGAUCAAUGCUCAGACACGAGCCAGCUUCGCAGGAUCUUUGAAAUAACGAUUUCCCAAGAAGCUCGACAAGCUCGGAUCCGAUUCAUCAUCGCCAGCAGGCCAGAGGAGCCUUUACAUUCGCUCCUCGACACCCGUUCCCAAUGUGUCAAACGCGAUCUCGACUACCGUGAUAAGCGGGUCGUCAAAGCUGAUCUGACGCUUUUUCAUAAAGCGCAGAUGCCCUACCUCGAAGGAGACGAUCUGGAAUUCUUGGUAAAGGAAGCAGAGGGGUCUUUCGUCUUUGCCGCACAGACAUGUCUGGUCCUCGAUGCAUCGAGAAGCUCGCUACUGAAGCCCGAUUUGGUUCUGACUCGACGGGGAUCUGGAGUCUCGGGUUCCACAACUCUAACACCUUUGGACAAGAUGGAUGCUAUAUACGAGGAGGUUUUAUCAACAUGCUUGUCGCAACUGAAUAACCAAGACCGACGGGUGUGGAUCCAAAUGCUCCAUCAUUUCAUCGCUGCUGCCGAAACUCAUGGCAAAGUCGGGGCCAGCUGCGAUUACUGGUCUUUUAUCAAUACUGCCGGAUAUGGCGGCAUAGACAGUCUGAACACUCAUAGAUUUCGCAAGAGUAUAGGAUCUCUUGUACGUUUCUUCAGCAAUGAAAGAGUGGACUUUAUCCAUUCUUCCUUCUCGACUUACUUGCGGGACAAACUUCGAAGCAGCCCCGAGGAACUUUGGAUGGACAGUCCACAAAUUCACAAGUUCUUUGUUCGCACCUCGGCCUCCUUAAUCCAGGAUGCCUCUCAAUUGCAGGUAUCCCAGCAGGUGCCGCUACAGCGUCGACACAUAAACCGACGAACUCGAUACGCAUGUAUGCAGUGGGUUUCUCAUCUCUGCUUAACCCAGGAUCGAGAACACAAGAUCCGGCGGUUGCGCGAACUCGCCACGUCACAAGCCAACUCUCUGCUGUACUCGACAUCUGUGAUCCUGCUCCUAGAAGGUCGAGAAGCAUGCAAGGACUACUUCACACGCUUAAACGAUGUAGUGAACACUCAGCUGAAAGCUUCAGAAGGGAGUGUAGUGUCCCAUUCCCACACGAAAGAACCACCGAAAGACUCAGACGCGGACUUGAACUGUCUUCUCAACAGUCUGCUCGACAUGCACCGCACCCUCGACCUAUACCACGACAGAAUCGAAGAGUCGCCGUCAGAGUUCUGGAAGCUUUACUACCGCCUGCCUACAGACCCUACUGAGGUCGAGUGCAACCAUCGCACGUGCAUCGCUAGAGCACGGUGGGAUCCUCUCCGCGGAACACAAGCACGAGUGGACAGGCCUCUGCAGCUGCGACCUCCAGAGAGGACGACGCGGCUAUCAGCUAGCAGCUUGGAAGGCUCUGAAUCUGGUUCUGAGAUGUCAACUCGAAGAACUCGACGCUUCUCGGGCAGGAUCAUCCCCGCCACAGCGCACUGCGAGAGCUGGCUGAACGAGCUCAGCGGAACCUCUGCUGACCGGAGGCAGUAG